GCGAAAUGCAUGUCGUCCGACAGGUUCGUUGCGACCUCGGCUUAUAGGCAAGUGGUAAAUAAAGUUACAACGGAAAUAAAUUCAUUUUACUACGGAUAAUUAAGAUCCAAUUUGUGCGUUUAUGCCUUGUUGCGUGGAAUCCUCUAAGGCUCUUCAAUGUUCCUAAAGAAGAUUUUAUGGCGCCAAAUGGCUGGAGAGGGAGAAGGGUCGGCUGAAGAUAGGGAGGCUGCCGCUGAGGAGGAACAGGAGCGGCUUGAAGCAUUACGUGAGGCUGAAGAAAGAAGGAAGGAAAAGCAUAAGAAAAUGGAAGAAGAGCGCGAGAAAAUGCGACAAGGGAUUCGUGAUAAAUACGGCAUCAAGAAGAAGGAAGAGGAGGAGGAGGAACCGCUACCGGAAAGCAGCAGUUUGAACCGGAAGAAAAAAACUCCGGCUGAAAUUGAGGCUGAGGAUCUCGAUGAUUUCACUCGCUGGAGAAACAACAUCGAAAUACAGCUUGGAGAGCUCAGACAAACUAUAGAAAGUAAAUGCGUAAUUCAGUGAUGGAUGCAACGAAUAAAGUGCCGACUUUUCUUUCCGGA